CUCGUCCCAAAAUACCUAAGAGCCAAUUGAGUGGGAAAACCGGGGACCGCGGGGAGAGGGAGAGGCCAAAGCUGCUGGAUUGUUGGAGGGGGGCAUUCAUUUAGGACGUGGGUUAGCCCGGGAGCUGCCGAACGCUUGGAUUCCUCUUGGGACUGUGGUGACUUGUGGAUAGCAGGCGUGCUCUGCUGAUUCAUUUUCAUCACUGUCAACAUGGUGAUCAAAGUCUUUGUAGCCACAUCUUCGGGGUCUACAGCGAUCAAAAAGAAACAGCAAGAAGUAGUUGGCUUUUUAGAGGCCAACAAGAUUGACUUUCAGCAAAUGGACAUAGCAGGUGAUGAGGACAACAGGAAAUGGAUGAGAGAGAAUGUCCCAGGUGAAAAAAAGCCUCAGAAUGGAAUUCCUCUCCCUCCACAGAUCUUCAACGAGGAGCGGUAUUGUGGGGAUUUUGAAUCCUUUUUCUCUGCUAAAGAAGAAAAUAUUAUUUAUUCGUUCCUGGGUCUUGCUCCUCCUCCAGGCACAAAGGAGACUGAAAAGUCUGAUGCCACGGACGAAACGGAGGCACACACAGAAGACAAGGCAGAUGAAGGGGCUCAUGAAGAGUCUCAGUCUGCUCAGCCACCAUCAGAAGAUCAACAGGAAAGCAAGGAAGAACAAGCAGCAACAGGGGAGGAAGAAGAAAAGCAGGAAGAGGGAGAAGAAAAGGAAGAGGUGGAGGAGCAAGAAGAGUCUUAGUACACUUCCCUAUGACACAUUCUUGAACAGGUUUUCAGGAAGCACAAGCUGGAGCAGCCCCGCCAAAGAAAAUAAACUCACUCUCAAGCAAACGAUCACUAACUUUCAUGCCUGUAGACUUAUAUAUAAAUACAUAACAGAACAAAGACACCACUCUGUACUACCUGUGGCCUUUAUAUAUAUAUUUGGUAUUCCAAUUACUUGUUAAAAUGGGUCUUCUUAUAUCUGACUGAUGAUACUUCAGUUGAUUGUUAUAUGUUGGAAUAGUAUUGUCCAUGUCACAUUUUAGAUUGUAAGCUCCUCAGGGCAGGAACCAUGUCUUUCUCCAUGUUUAUAUACUGCCAAACAUUGCUGCCACUCAGCAGAUAACUGCACUCACACAAGUGACGUAUUCAGAGAAAAAGAAAUUCAGCACUGAAAACUGCAAAGAAGCUUCCUGUAUACAAGCUAUGUGAGUCACUUCUCCCUCAGCUGGCUUUUGAAAAUGAUUGAGAUUUCCAUUGUACAGCAGUUUAAAUAAAUGCAUUUUCUGUCAUA